AUGUCAUCUCUCGCUGGUGCCCUGGACCAGUCCGCAAGCUACAGUCAUGGUUUUUCUGCCGAACUACUACCUGCCAAGCCUGGAGGAUUCAACGACCGAGAUGUGGACAUGAAACCCCCGACUACUGACGUUCUUCCGAAGGAGGAAGAGGACACCGCGGCAAUUUCGGGGGUGCUUGACGACGGGGCACACGAGGAAGAAAUGGAAGACCUCUUUGGAAACGACGCAGACGAAAAGCAUGAUGCUGCAGAUACGAAAUCAGACAGUGCCCCUUCGGACGAUCUCUCACAGACGGAGAAGGAACACCGACAAGCGCUAGAAUAUCUGGAACCUGAAGAGCCAGGUAUCGUUGUGGAAGAAGUCCGAGAGGCUGACGUGCGCAUUCCCAACAUCCCGGUUCCAAAGAGCUCAGAUGGGGAUCACUGGGUAAUCAGAAUGCCAAACUUUGUAAAAAUGGACUCAAAGCCUUUUCAUCCGGACACGUACAUUGGCCCAGAGCACGACGAGGAUGAUGGCCACCACAAUGAGAGCAUCCGUGAAAAGAGCAUGUCUAUCAAGCUCAAAGUUGAAAACACUGUACGUUGGCGAUGGACAAAAGAUGAAUUUGGCCAGGAUAAAAGACAAUCAAAUAGUCGCGUGAUCCGUUGGUCUGACGGUUCUCUCAGCCUGAGACUAGGAAAGGAGCUGUUUGAUAUUACCAAGACUGUCGACACGUCCGGUGGUAUCGUACGCCAAUCACUAGGAGGUACUCAGCCGUCACAGCCAUCACAGAGCCAGCCAGCAGCAUCACAAAACCUGCUUUCUAGCUCAAGAUCUCAAGGUCUAACAUACCUGGUCGCACAACACAAACGGUCAGAGGUACUGCAAGCGGAAGCUGUAGUCACAGGGUAUAUGACACUGCGACCGACGGGCAUGCAGUCCGAAACACAUCGUAUGCUGGUGCGUGCUGUGGGUCAGAAACAUAACAAGGUGGCCCGAUUACGUAUGGCUCCUGAUCCAACCAUGGACCCCGAGCGCGAGAAGAUGGAAUUAAUGAAACAAUCGGCUCGAAAAUCCAAAAAGAAAACCGACGACACUGGAUUUGGUGUACGUAAAAAGAGGUAUGGUCAAUCGAGGAAAAGGCAAGGACACGAUAUCUGGUCGGAAGAUGAAGAACCAGAGUAUGAAGGCUCAGAGGAUGAUGACGAUUUGGGUGCUUCCAAACGGAAGGCAGAUGAACAAAAGAAAAGGGGCCCUGGCGAAUAUCAAGAGGACGAUUUCGUGGUCGCGGAUGAGUCAGACGACGAUGCGGAGUUUGAUGGUGAGGCUAGGUCCAGGAAGAAACGGAAACACCGAGAAGAGGAGGAAGAGGAUCCUCUGGAUCAGCUUGAUGCUAAAAUUAUUCAGCGCCAGCAAGAUGACAGGAAACGGAAACACCAUGACAUCGAAAACGACGGGGGGACCACAGAAGCUGCUGAAGAUGGCGCAGAAGCAGGGGGAGAUGAAGAUAACCAAGACAUGGAUAUUGAAAGCGAGGAAGAGGAAGAGGAGCAUAAGGUUCGGAAAGCUGGGUCUGGCGCACGAAAAAAGAGAACGAUGGCGCUCGAUGAUGACGACGAAUAA